GGCGUGUGUCAAUGUCAGCUGAUAGGAUCCCUACAGGGUCCCCUCAUCCAAGCUCUUGGAACGCGCAGGCCGUGGCCAGCUGUAGGAUUCUUGUGUGUCCCAGCUGAGGAUCACUAUGGAGGAGCUUCAUCAGGAGGCUGGGAAAGAGAGCAAGGGUUUCUCCGUGUAACAGCCCUGACUGUCCUGGAACUCACUCUGUAGACCCUCACAGAGAUUUGCCAGCCUCUGCCUCCCGAGUGCAAUUAAAAGCGUGGGCCACCACCACCACCAGGCUGGACUUCAAUACUUUAAUAGCAAGACUUUGGUCAUCAACCUCAGAAGGAGUAACCAGAUAAAGGAACGGACCUUGGGGGUUAGCUUUAGGAAUGUAAUCUCAUGGUUUUUAGCUAGACAGAGGGAAUGGCGGCAGGGCAAGGCCUGCUAGAGCUGUGCUCUAGCUCGUGCUCGCCAUGCUUGAGCUGGGCAGAGCCCCUCAGAGACAGAGACACCUUCCAUGGGAGAUGUGUGAAGAUCAGAGGACAGCCUUGGGGAUUCUGAUUCCUUUCCCCACAUGGGUUCCAGUUCCAGAAAGCAAACUCAGAUCACCAGGCUUUAUGCACCAAGUGUUUUUACCCACUGAACCAUUCUCCAUUACAUACAUUGGCAGAUGGAGGCAUGAUGAGGAGUCCGAGGCUGUCAUCAGCUACAUAGGGCAUUGUCUCCAAAGAACAAAAGCAAAAACUUACGUGUAUUUUAUCACCCCUCCCAAAUUGUCAAAAACAUUGAGAGAAAGGGAGAAGAGUUUGACCGAUGGCUCAUGCCAGUAAACCCAGCCACUUCCGGUGGUUAGACAGACAGGGCAGCCAGCUGGCUCAGACUGCCAAGCCUGAUGAUCUGAGUUCAAGCCCCCAAACCACUUGGUGGAAGGCAGGAACUGAUUCCUUCCAAGUUGUCCCCUGACUGCCACAUGUUGCCCCCAUAAAUAAGUGAAUGUCAAUUUUUAAAAUAGUUUUUAAACAGAAAACUAAGCCUUAACGAUAGCUGCUUGCUAGCCUGUGCAGGACCUUGGGUCCAUCAGCAACAUUGCAAGAGAAAGGAGAAAGAUAUACCAGGACGCAAACCGUAAAAUAUGAUCAAAUUAAAUUAAUGUGUCAGGAUGGUAGGUCUUUAGCAAGGCAGUAUUCCAGGAAUGUAAGGUGUUCGGCAUUUGGAACCAGCCAAUGAGAUCCAGCACAAAUCCAACCGGGAAGCUUGGUUUGUCGUCGCGCACACCCCCCCCCCCAUGCCGCCGCCCCCGCCCCCUACCCCUCGCGGGCGCCUGGUGCAAACGACCCCCAAUCGCCCGGUGCUGCCAGUUACAGGAGCAUCUCUCCGCCGCCUGCUCAUGUUACAAAAGCCGAGGAGCAGGAGCCUCCCUGGUGCCCAGCCUGGGAGUGGCAGCGACCGUGAUCUGGGUGCCUCUGGGGAGUUCCCGAGUGGGCCCGGACGCCCCGAUGCCUCGCAGGGCAGUGCAGGCGCCUUGUCGCCGAGCUCCCGCCCGGCUCAGGCCACUCCCGCCCCGGAACUCCGGACCCAGAAGCAGCUGGAAUUGAAGGUGGCAGAGCUGGUGCAGUUCUUGCUGAUUAAGGACCAGCGGAAGAUCCCCAUCAAGCGGUCCGGUAUCCUGAAGCACGUCAUCCGUGACUACAAGGACAUCUUCCCAGACCUGCUCAAGCUGGCUGCAGAGCGGCUCCACUAUGUGUUCGGGUACAAACUGGUAGAACUCGAACCCAAGAGCAACGCCUACAUCCUCAUCAACACCCUGGAGCCAGUGGAGGAGGAUGCUGAGAUGAGAGGCGACCAGGGAACGCCCACCACCGGCCUCCUGAUGAUUAUUUUAGGGCUCAUCUUUAUGAAUGGCCACAGCAUCCCGGAAACCGAAGUCUGGGAUUUUCUUCGUCGUUUGGGGGUGUAUCCCACCAAGAAGCAUUCAGUUUUCGGAGAUCCGAAGAAACUCAUUACUGAAGACUUCGUGAGACAGCGUUACCUGGAGUCCCGACGGAUACCCCACACAGAUCCCGUGGACUGUGAGCUCCAGUGGGGUCCACGAGCAAAUCUGGAAACCAGCAAGAUGAAAGUUCUUAAAUUUGUGGCCAAAGUCCACAAUCAAGAUCCCAAAAACUGGCCCACGCAGUACUGUGAAGCUUUGGCAGACGAGCAGAGCAGGGUCAGACCGGAACCCAGUGGUCCAGUCCCGGCUUCUUGAAAUAAAUGCUUGGGAUUCUCAAGUUCAAGGUGGAAGAAUAGGAAAUAUGGGGAGGGGAGAAGCAUAUUUCCACAAUAAUUAAAGUGUAUUAUCUUUAA